AUGAAGAGGCUCUUUCGGAUGGACAGUGUCACUGGUGUAGCCAGCGUGGAGCUAUGGGUGUUGAUGACCACGCUGCUGCUGGUGAUGAGGUUCCUGCUGGAUUGCUUCGGGCCAUGGCACGCAGACAGAGCCAUGGCGAGCACCGUUCAAGUAAUUGAGAUGUUGAAUUACUCCAUGGUGCACUACUCCAUAGGGCUGAUGCAGCUCUCGGCAAAGAAGGUGAACGAUUACUUCCAGGUCUGGGCGGUGCUUUUGGUAACCUUGCAGUACAGUGUCAAGGUUGGGCGGCUGUACCGGAGAUCCAAGCAAACCCCAUUGCUGGAUCUCAUCUCGUCUUUUUGGGUAGCCAGUCUCCUCCGAAUGCAGACCUUCUCCCUUCUCAGGAUUCCUCUCUGGUUGAUCUGGGCCCUCAAUGCAUUUCGGAUAAUUUCACACUUUUUCUCAUCCGAGAGGGCUGCUACCAUCAACCAAGAGAAUACGAGGCUGGUUAGCGACUAUAUGCGAUACGAGCACACACUCGGUCUCUCUGGUGAUGCAGCUGAUUCGGACGAUGCGUUCAGGAUGCAGUCGUACAAGUACUUGGUCUCUGGGGAAGAUCUGGUGCUGCAUGAUGCCCAACAGGAGAGAAGAACUGAAUCAGCACAAUACAAGAUUCGGUUGGAUCCGAAUAAUAACAAGCUUGUCACCAUAGAGAAGAUAUGGAAUGUUGAUACCGGCAGGUUGCUUGGUGGCGAUACUGAAAACCGAUUGAAGGAUGUCUGCCUCUCAUUCGCGCUGUGCAAGCUCCUGCGUCGUCGGUUCUAUAAUCUCCCGAUACAUGAAGCUAGCCUAAGGAAGACAAAGCGGCUCGUCUUCGACUACAUCCUGCAAGAGAAGAACAACUAUGAGAGGGCAUUCCGCAUCACGAAGGUGGAAUUGUCCUUCCUCCAAGACUUGCUCUAUAGCAAGCAUGCUGCCAUGUUUGCCGGUGGAUUUCCAGUCUUUAGUAUGCUGAUGUCUUUGGUUCUUGUUGCGGCUACCGGCUACCUUGCAUAUCCUGUCCAUUAUAUACCAGAGAGGAUGGAUCAAGCUGAUGAAAAUAUCAUCACUCACGGAGUGACUGUCACUCGCGUCAUAGUUGGUCUUAUCAUUGUAAAGGAGCUGCUGGAGGUCUAUCAAUAUAUAUUCUCGCAAUGGACCAAGGUUCUGCUGAUCUGUAAGUAUAUCAAGCAUCAGUGCAUGCAGAAUCGGAUGGUGGAGGCAGCAAUGAGAAUAAUGUUCUGGUUCGUGAGGUGCAAGUGGGAUCAAAAGAUCUUCCAGUAUAAUCUUCUGAUUUCUUAUUCUCACAUUCGGAAGAAAUUACCCCGAACAAUCAAGUUGGAGUCAGAAGUAAAGACGGCAAUAUUUGAGUCAUUCAAGGGCCUGCAGCAGCAUCCAGAAAGGUUGGAAACCUACUUCUCAAAUGCUUUUGGAUCAAAUAAAGCCCUUAUGCAACAGCUAACAUUGGAAAAUGAACUGGAGGCUGAUACCCACAGGAUACUAGUCUGGCACAUCGCGACAUGCUUCUGCGAGAUCCAUUACUCUGACCAAGUGAAAGAACUGGGUGUUUUUUUGCUUGGAAAUAAUCUCUUGGACAAGGAAUCAAAAACUGCGGAAGUGCGGCCACAUUACUUAACUGCUGUCAGCUUAUCGAACUAUUGUGCAUACCUGCUUACGAAAGCGUUGGUGCCAGACAAUGGCUUUGUUGUUACAAAGGUCUUCAACGCCGUACGUAAGGAAACAUUUUGUGCUACUUAUUGCUCGUUCUUCCAAUCAAUGGGAGAUGUCUAUAACAAACUUCUUAAGAUUGCCACUGAGGUCUCUAGAGCGUCUGAGGAGGUGGUCGGUGCAGAGGGUGAAGCCCCUGAAAGUUCGGUACUCGUUGAGGAAAAGAUCAAGAUGGAAACUAAUGAGGAAGAUCAUGAGGGAGAUACUAAUGAGGAAGAUCAUGAGGGAGAUCACAAUGACUUUAACAAUUCCAAAGCGAAUGACCAGAUACCCGAUAGGGAAGAUGAUAUUUCUGGUGAUGAUGGCAUCCAUAAUUCGAUAACCCAGAUGGGUGCAAGACUUGGAAAGCAGUUGACAGAAGCUUACGGAGACGACAAAGUACACCUAUGGAGGGAUCUAUCGGUGUUCUGGACAGGUUUCCUCCUCCACUUGGCAGCAUCAACCAGGGCAACCAAUAAUCCCCCUUAUCUCAUCGGCGCCAGCGACGACCUCUCCCGCUUCUCCGUCGCCACCACCACGGCCUCGUCCGAGCGGUCCGCGGGUGGCCGCGGGGCAGCCGCCUUCCUCGACGCCUUCCGCUCCUGCUUCGCCCCCGCGGACGCGCGCUCGCCAGAGACCUCCCUCUCUGACGUCGACCUCGACGCCUCCCACCAACGUACGUCGUUCGCGCACGCCUUCCCUGAACCUUUUCUCCAGUGGCCCCUGUGUGUGCUCUCCUGA